UUUCUCUCCAAGUCCCCCACCUCCGCCCGCGCCCUGCCGCUCGGGUCCGUUCCUGGGCGGGGCUCGGCCGUAGGGCGGGGGCGGGGCGGGGGCGUCGGCGGCGUGCUGACGUCAGAGCGUGGGGACGCCCAACGCGGCGUCCGGCGCGCGGCUGGGCCGGCGGUGGCGGCUGUCGCUGGCCUCGUUGCGUGAGCCCCGGGGUCGGCGUCCGCUCCGUCCGCCCUUCGCCUUGCGCCCGGUCGGGGCCUCCGCGGCCCGGCGCCGGCCCGCCAUGGUGCCGUUGGCGCGCCCUGCGCGGCCCCGCUGAGCCUGGGUGCGGCGGCGAGCGCGGCUCGGGGUCACCAUGCCCACCCGAGUGUGUUGCUGCUGUUCUGCUUUGCGUCCUCGCUACAAACGCCUGGUGGACAACAUAUUCCCUGAGGAUCCAAAAGAUGGCCUCGUUAAAGCAGACAUGGAGAAAUUGACAUUUUAUGCAGUAUCUGCUCCAGAGAAGUUGGAUCGAAUUGGUUCUUACUUAGCAGAAAGGUUGAGCAGGGAUGUUGUCAGACAUCGUUCUGGGUAUGUUUUAAUUGCUAUGGAAGCCUUGGACCAACUUCUUAUGGCUUGCCAUUCUCAAAGCAUCAAGCCAUUUGUAGAAAGCUUUCUGCAUAUGGUGGCAAAGCUGCUAGAAUCCGGGGAACCAAAGCUUCAAGUGCUUGGAACAAAUUCUUUUGUCAAAUUUGCAAAUAUUGAAGAAGACACACCGUCUUAUCACCGACGUUACGACUUUUUUGUAUCUCGCUUCAGUGCCAUGUGUCAUUCCUGUCAUAGUGAUCCAGAGAUACGAACAGAAAUCCGAAUUGCUGGAAUCAGGGGUAUUCAGGGAGUGGUUCGCAAAACAGUUAAUGAUGAACUUCGGGCUACCAUUUGGGAACCCCAGCACAUGGACAAAAUUGUUCCAUCCCUGUUAUUUAACAUGCAGAAGAUAGAAGAGGUUGACAGUCGCAUAGGCCCUCCUCCUUCUCCUUCUGCUGCUGACAAAGAAGAGAACCCUGCCGUGCUGGCUGAAAACUGCUUCAGGGAGCUGCUGGGUCGAGCGACUUUUGGGAAUAUGAAUAACGCUGUUAGACCAGUUUUUGCGCAUUUAGACCAUCACAAACUAUGGGAUCCCAAUGAAUUUGCAGUUCACUGCUUUAAAAUUAUAAUGUAUUCCAUUCAGGCUCAGUAUUCUCACCACGUAAUUCAGGAAAUUCUAGGACACCUUGAUGCUCGUAAAAAAGAUUCUCCACGGGUCCGAGCAGGUAUCAUUCAGGUUCUAUUAGAGGCUGUUGCCAUUGCUGCCAAAGGUUCCAUAGGACCCACGGUGCUGGAAGUCUUUAACACCCUACUGAAGCACCUGCGUCUCAGUGUUGAAUUUGAAGCAAAUGAUUUACAGGGGGGAUCUGUAGGCAGUGCCAACUUAAACACCAGUACCAAAGACAAUGAUGAGAAGAUUGUGCAGAAUGCUAUCAUCCAAACAAUAGGAUUUUUUGGAAGUAACCUACCAGAUUAUCAGAGGUCAGAAAUCAUGAUGUUCAUUAUGGGAAAAGUACCCGUUUUUGGAACAUCCACUCACACUUUGGAUAUCAGUCAACUAGGGGAUUUGGGAACCAGGCGGAUUCAGAUAAUGUUGCUGAGAUCUUUACUUAUGGUAACCUCUGGAUAUAAAGCAAAGACAAUUGUUACUGCACUGCCUGGGUCUUUUCUGGAUCCUUUGUUAUCACCAUCCCUCAUGGAAGACUAUGAACUGAGACAGUUAGUCUUGGAAGUAAUGCAUAACCUCAUGGAUCGCCAUGACAACAGGGCAAAACUUCGAGGGAUCAGAAUAAUACCAGAUGUAGCUGACCUAAAGAUAAAAAGAGAAAAAAUUUGUAGACAAGACACAAGUUUCAUGAAAAAGAAUGGGCAACAACUAUAUCGGCACAUAUAUUUGGGCUGUAAAGAGGAAGACAAUGUUCAGAAAAACUAUGAGCUACUUUAUACUUCUCUUGCUCUUAUCACUAUUGAAUUGGCCAAUGAGGAAGUGGUUAUUGAUCUCAUUCGAUUAGCCAUUGCUUUACAGGACAGUGCGAUUAUCAAUGAGGAUAAUUUGUCCAUGUUCCAUCGCUGUGGAAUCAUGGCUCUGGUUGCGGCCUAUCUCAACUUUGUAAGUCAGAUGAUAGCCGUCCCAGCGUUUUGCCAGCACGUCAGCAAGGUGAUUGAAAUUCGAACUAUGGAAGCUCCUUAUUUUCUACCAGAGCAUAUUUUCAGAGAGAAGUGCAUGCUUCCGAAAUCUUUAGAGAAGCAUGACAAAAGUUUAUGCUUUUUGACCAACAAGAUCGCGGAGUCACUAGGCGGAAGCGGUUACAGUGUCGAGAGGUUGUCGGUACCAUAUGUGCCGCAAGUAACAGAUGAAGAUCGACUUUCUAGAAGAAAAAGUAUUGUGGACACCGUAUCCAUUCAGGUGGAUAUUUUGCCCAACAGCAUCCCUUCUGAUGAUGUGGUUAGUAACACUGAAGAAAUCACCUUUGAAGCACUGAAGAAAGCAAUUGAUACCAGUGGAAUGGAAGAACAGGAAAAGGAAAAGAGGCGUCUUGUGAUAGAGAAAUUCCAGAAAGCACCUUUUGAAGAAAUAGCAGCACAGUGUGAAUCCAAAGCAAAUUUGCUUCAUGACAGACUUGCUCAAAUACUGGAACUCACCAUACGCCCUCCUCCUAGUCCAUCGGGAACACUGACCAUUACUUCUGGGCAUGCCCAGUACCAGUCUGUCCCAGUCUAUGAGAUGAAGUUUCCAGAUCUGUGUGUGUACUGAGUGGCUCAUGAAGACCUCAGCAUAGGAUCUAAAGCCUAUAAAUGAAGGCCCCGCUGAGUUUUCAGGGUUUACUUUAAUGUGUGUUAACAUGCUUCCUGGGAAUAACGGUGAGACUUCUCUUCAACCAAAUCUUGGCACGUACCGCAUUAGAAACGGUGGAGCUGUAUAUGGUUGAGAGUACUUUUGAGGGUCGGUUUCUGUCAUGAUAGUUUCUUUUGAGCUUCCUGUUGGCUUCCAGAGUUGGAAUUGGUCUCCCAUCAUUCCAUAGUUCAACAGUGUAUUUUAAACUUUUCACAAACAGGUAAUUUUAAAAGAUUAUGCUUUCAGAGGGUUGAAGAUGCAUCAGGUGUCUACUGUAUUUCUUAAACAUCUACACAACUGCUUAGAAAUAGAAUUGCUUUUGUGUCUGGUUAUCUGCAAAAGCAAAUACAUACAAAUAUAUUGCUGAUCUUGGGGCUGCAAAACUGUUCUGUGGCUUGUUGUCCCCAUGUUUUAGAUGUUGUGAUCUGUAGUAACAUGUGCUAGGCAUUCCUCAACUUGUUUAUGGUAAGAAGACAUCUCUUGAAUAAUAUUCCUAGAAUAUGACCAACCCUAAAAUCGCCAUACUUAAAAAGCGUCUAGUUUUCGUAAUACUGUGUUGUCUGCCAAGAGUUGACCAUUCUACUUGAGAGAAGCUUAGAGCUUACUCUUGGCAUACCAAACCGUGCAAUAUUUUUUUACAUCAUAAGAUGUAUUAGUUUACAGAAUAUACUUUGAAACUAUAGUAGUAUUUUGCUGUGGCUCCAUUAAUUAAAUGAGAUCUGUAUUUAGUGUAAGAAAAAAAAGACAUUUAAAACAGCUACUAGUUCACCUGUGAAGAGUGUGUACAUUUUGAUUUCUUCCAAAGCACAUUAUUUACAUUUUUAUAUUGUGCGUUGUUUUAAAUCUUCGUAGUCAAAAGAUUCUCCAAAUGAGCUUUUAAUUUGUAAGAUUUGAACUGUAACUUGUAUGCAUCUGUUUAGGAUUUGUUAUAUUACACUUGAAAAGAGUGCCUAUGGCUUUAGUGAUCAAGCGUGCUAAGGAUUGUCAGCGGAAGCUUCUGUUGAUUGAGGCCACCGGGACUACACGUGUAACAUGUGCUCCCAGCCCCACAGUGUUUCCUUAAAAUUAUGUGCAUUUUAGUGAAUUCCAUUACACAGAGAAAAUGAGCUACUUUCUUUGCAACUCAUAUAAAAUUCUCUUAGGUCAUUUUUAUAGAAUAACCUGUUUAUAAUUAUAUUGCCUUUUCAGAUUCAGUUUCUUUUUACAAAGAACAAUAUACAUAUCAAACAUUGUAGCUCAAAAAACAAUUCAGUUUUUACCUUUUUUGUUUGAAAAACUACAGUUGAGAAUGGCAUGUUAGAGGUUUGUGUAUAUGGUUGUUGGGCACCUUUGCAAGGAACAGAAAAAUGUACGGAAGUGGCAAAAGAACAAGCCUGCCUCCAGUUUUUUAAUAAACUGACGUACGGGGUCUCGAAGCCUCUUGCAAAAGGUCCUAGCUGUCUAGACCCAUAAAAUGAUACUCGGGCCUCCCGGGCGGUGUCGUGAAUGUUUAUCUGCAGGAUAACAGUGCAGUUGGCACAGGGGUUGGAUGACCUUACUUCAGCUGCCACUGGAACUUUGCCUCUUGAUCAGGUAAAAUGUGUCACCACAUAAUAGGCCAAGUUUUAUGCUUUCUAUUCCCCUUUUUUUCUUCUCUAUUUUUAAAGAAGGGUGUUAAUUUUUGUGCAUUUAAAAACAUCUGAGCAGGGGGACACACAGAAACAACCAUCAUCCACUUGGAUGUCAUUUUAUAGAUGAACACUGUGUGCUUUUGUAUGAAAAUAUAUAUAAUUUAGUGGUAUAAGUAAAGGAAUUAUAUAUUCAUUUGCACUCAGUGCAAAACAAACUUUGCUCUACAAAAUUUCAUGUUUCUCUGUGAUUUAAAAAUGCAUGUAUUGCAUGUAGAGGAAAACCAUUUGAAUUAAUGUUUCUCACCCCUUUCUCUUGGUCUGUUUGUAAACUGUUGAUGUGGGUUUUGCGGGGUUUUUUUUCUUGUUGUUUUUAAAUCACAGUAGACUUCUAUAUAUCCUAGAUAAAUAAUGGUUCCCAAGAAGUGGAUCUUUGCGUUAUUUGUCCCUUCUAGGAGACCAUAGGAGAUCCUGCGGGUAGGGGGUCACGUCCAAGCCAGUUUGGAGACUGAAAGUUUACGAUUUGUUGAAGUUCACUUGUAUGGCUAUAUUUUUGUAGAUAUUUAAAACUCUUAAUAAACUGUUAAUCAUUCUGUUUUUGCUGU